CUAAGUCAAUCCCUCAACUUGUAUCCAUCCAUAUACAUACACAUUUAUUUAUAUUAUAUGUGUAUUUAUGUAUAUUUUGCUUUGUAUAGACAAAUCUCUCUAAGAUGGGAAAUGCAUUAUCUCCAUGCUGCAGACCAGAAUCAAGUUCAUCGGUGAAGUUAAUAUUCCACGGCGGCGCCACCAGAAUUCUCACCGAAAAAAGCGUAGCCGGAGAGAUUAUGUUCGAGUUCCCGGACCAUAUGCUUCUACUCUAGCCGCUUUAGGAAACCGGCAGAAAGGCGCUCGGGUGAGUUUCGAGGGGUGCCCUUUUGAGUACUUGAAGGGAUCAAACGGCAGGGUUUCGAUCAGGGUUUUGCCGGAAUUUUUGACCAAGAUCUUUACAGGGGGUAAUGAAAAUGGAGGUGAAGAUUCCGAUGGUCCGGCAGGAGGUAGUUUUCUGUGCAGCACACCGGAGUUGAAGAAGCAUUAUAAUCAAUUGGUGGGGUCUAAGGAUCAGGUUUGGUCACCAAAACUGGAAACCAUUUCGGAGUAUAAAAUUAGGUAUUCGCCUUGUAGAUUCAUAGGGUUGGAGUGGAAGCAAAAGGAGGCAAAAAAUUGAUCUGUAUUUAAAAAUUAGAAAAUCCGUUUUUACAGCACUGUUCUUGAAUAUUGCUGGACGGGAUUGGGAUUAGACAGUUCAAUAGAGAAGUAUACCACACGUCAUUAGGGUUACCAAAGAUAUACAUAUAACCACUUUUUCUUCCUUUUUUUCCCCUUUUUUUGCAAUUUUUUGAGAUUUUGUUCUACAAUUUGUAAAAACUGUAUCUUGCUACUAACCUGUAAUUUUGGGGAAUGGUUCUCAGUUGAAGAGACUUAGCCUCCGUUUGGCAAACUUUAUAAAUCAAUUUUUGAAUUGUUCUGAAAUGCCUCGUUAAAAGAUUGUUUA